AUGAUCUGUAUCAACUGUGGACAAUCUACGCAGUCGUUGUACGUAACUUAUUCGAGUGAUCACAUCAAGCUUACAGACUGUGCAAAAUGUGGAGAAGUUGUAGAUUGCUACGUCGAAUUCGACAAUAUCCUUCUCUUUAUUGACCUCCUACUUCUAAAGCGUGAAGCAUAUAAGCAUUUAGUAUUCAAUUCGCUGGAAACCGAAUUGUCCAAAUUUGAGAAAAAUAAAGAGGACAAAGGGUCUUCUUCGAUAGCCCAAAGGCUUCGGUCAUGGUGUUCUAGAAAUGAUAGACUGAAUCGUUUAUGGAUUAUAAUAUUAGCUUUUGAAAUAUAUCUCACUUGGGUUUUGGAAGAACAGAGGAGUCACUUCCUCAAGACAAGCCUCCAAGAUACAAGUUGGACAUGUAUGGAAGAUGUGCUUCAAAAAACCUCAUUGGAACAGUAUAGUUUUUUCUCAUUUUACUGUUUUAUGGACUUGAUGCUCUUUCGAUACUUUACUGAGCGACUAUUACUUUCGCAUCUCCAAUGGGGCAAGGAAUACAAGUAUGCUGGUGAUAUCAUAUCUUAUACCAUUCUGCUGUCGUACGGUGCCAAAAUCUUUCCUGUUUUGAUGCUAAUAUGGCCCUAUGACUCAGCGGCCUCCACUUUCAUAAUAAAGGGUGUCGCUAAUUUAUACAUCAUUGAGGCCUUGAGGAUGGUAACAAAUAAAAGUUACUCUCAUAUCUUUACUUUAUUUGUCGCGGUCUGCAUAUUAAAAAGUAUAUGCAUUAAGGCAUUAAUAUGUUUGCUGGUUUCGGGUUUUAAUAUUGGCGUUUCGAUCGAAUUGAUGAAGCGAGAUUAUCAAGCUGCAUCUCACAAGAUUUCGAGUUUACUUUUGAGCCAAUGA